AUGGCGGUUACGCCUAACCUUCGACGUCAGCAACAGCAGCCAUACCAGGAGACAGCGAAACCGGUCAGUAAAAACUCCACCGUCACCGGCGCCGCCGCGGCCACCGCCGCGCGCCUUGCCACGGCAGCCCUCGCCCUCACCGCUGCUAGCGCGGCCACCUACGAGGUGUCUCCUGAUGGCGAUCCCAUGACGCUCACCGCAGCGCUAGAGGUGGCCGGUGCAGGCGACACCAUAUCAUUGGGGGACGGGAUCUACCGCGAGCCGCUCGUGACCAUGAAGGCCGGUGUGGAGGGUAAUCCGCUCGUGAUCGAGGGUGGCAGAGACGCGGUCGUCAACUACUACACCGGCGACAAGAGUAUCAUGUGGUCCCAGAAGGUCGUCGACAUUCGCCACUCGUGGGUCACUCUGCGGGCCAACGCAAACGCCCACAAAAAGCGGACCCGCCGCCGAAAUCGAUAG